AUAAAGAAUGUGAAGAUGAUAUUAAAGAGAAUAAUGAAGAGAGUGAAACAAAUAAGAAUGAUAAUAAACAUGAUAAUAAACAUGAAAAUUUAAAUUUAGCAGGAUUUUCUGAAUCUACAAAAAGUUAA